UAUCAGAGGUCAAGGUUAUUGAAGUGGCUGGGAUUUUGUAGGUUAGAAUAACUGAGCUGAUGGUGUGUGUGUGUGUGCAUGUGUGUGUGUGUGUACUGGGGGGACGGUAAUACUAGAAGCCUAUGUGGGAAUUCACUGAGGAUACAAAUGUGCCAGGUGAGACUCCACAGGCUUAGCCAAGUUUGUCUGCUGCAGAGGGAAGGCUGAAGAGUGAUGCUAAAGAUCAUGCAGUGCCGGGAGACAUUGGGCUUCCAGCCCAGCCAGAGAGCAGCAACUUCACUGACACGUUGGGCACUUGACUGAGAAUCCAGAAUCAAGCCAUAAGAGAAAGAACCAUGCAAAAGAUUUGGGAUAGGUAUGAGUGAUUUCAGUGAAGAAUUGAUAAAGUCCACAACAGAGGAUGACCAGGGGGAAAGGUGUGAGCUCUCUGGAACAGGAAUGCAUUUUCCUUGGCUCCAAAAGCAUAUAGAAACUGUGGCGACUGGAGGGAAAAAGGAGAAGGAUUUUGCGCAGACGACAAGUGCUUGUUUAAGUUUUAUCCAGGAAGCUCUGGCUGAAGCACCAGUGGCAGCAGGCUGCGGAAUACAUGCACAGCUAUUUGCAGGUCUUGGAAGAUUCGGACAGCUGCAAGAGGCAGGCCGCCCCGGAGAUUAUUUGGAAGCUUGGGAGUGAAAUUCUGUAUUAUCACCCUAAAAGCAACGUGGAGGCGUUCAAUACCUUUGCUGACCGGAUGAAAAAUAUUGGCGUCAUGAAUUACUUAAAGAUCUCCUUACAACAUGCGCUGUACCUUCUGCAUCACGGAAUGCUUGAGGAUGCGAACAGAAAUCUCAGCCAGGCAGAGACGUGGAGAUACGGUGAAAAGUCAUCUUCGCAGGAAGUCUUAAUCAAUCUUAUUCAGGCCUAUAACGGGCUUUUGCAGUAUUAUGCUUGGUCUAAAAAGAAGAUGGAAUUGUCCCAGCUCGGUGAGUGGAUGUGAGUGGACUUUGUCUGGUGGUGAUGAGACUGACUCAGAGGGACAGAAGGCUGAAGGGCUCGUCUGAUUCCCCGGCUUCCCGGCCUGGCUUCAUCCAUGUGGUACGGAGAACAGACAUUUCUGUUGAUGGAAGAUUCUUGAUCAUCCUUUAUAAUAUUUCUGAUACAUCAAAAGGCUUUUCAGACAUAAAUUAGAUAUUCAUAAAUUAAGUUCAUGACCAUUUUAGAUUUGUUACUUUUUAAAAUAUGAUUUCCGAGAAUGGUUACACAUUUUCUUUGGUAGGCAUUAUUACAUAUGAUAAACAUGUCUUGCUUUGUGUUUAGAAUGGAGUUCAGUUUGCUUUGUAGGGUGGUUUCUCAGAAUAGUAAUAUGUUUAAAGAACAGGGCAAGAUAAAGUUGUUUUAUUUCUGUCCAAAGGUCAUAACAAUUCUCUCGAUUUACUGACCACACCAAAAAUUGACCAUGUGUCCUGACUUCUCAAACUGAUUCCCUUUCCCUUCCUUUCAGUGGUGAUGUCCUCCUCUCCCCCUCUUGUUCUGAGAAGGAUUUAAUCCACUUUAUUUAGAAACAUAGGAUAAAACAAGUCAUUUUAACUGAGAAAAGCAGACAAAAGAAUGUAAAAGGAAGGUGAUACCAAAAAAGAAGGUAGAACACUAAAUAGAUACCAUGAAAUCCUGUUCACCUUCUUGGGAUGAGCUACAAAUUUAGACUGAAAACCAAAAGGAAAACUAUCUACUGUAUGAUGGGGGAAGCACAGCUGUCCUAGUAGGGAGACUAGAAUUAAAUAAAAUUCACUAUAGAGACAUUCUCAAGGUGGCUCAUAGAGAAGGCACCAUAAAAAGUUUCAAUAGCAUUACAGUAACUUAGGUACUUUGUUCAUUCAACAAUAUUUUUAAAGUACAUCCUAUGUGCCAGACACUGUUAUUAGUGCUAGAAAUAUGUAGUGAACAGAAAUAAGGUCCCUAAUUUCAUGAAGCUUACAUGGGGUCAGAUAGAAAAUAGACAAUAAUUUAAUAAAAUAAUACAUUUUAUGAAAACAAUGAAAGCGAUGGAAUCAGAGAAGGGGAACUUAAGAUAUGGUAGUCAAAGAAGGCCUCUUUGAAAAGUCGUUUGGACUGAGACCAGUCCAAUGAGAAGGAGCCAACUGUUCAAAGAUCUGAUGUUUCAUCUCUGGAGGGAAAAAUGAUUUGCUUAUUUCUCAAAGAAAAAUUUUGUCUGUCUACUUUGGAGAAUAUUUCCGAUGCAUAUCUCUAAUACAGCCCAGUCCACUAAUGUCACGGGACUGUAAGCUCUCCAGUGACAAGCACUAUGUAGUAUUCAUCUUCGGGUUUCCAACACCAUGCACUGUGCUUGGCUUACAGAGGAUCUCAAUAAAUGUUGAAUUGAACAAACGAAUGAAUGAAUGAAUGGAAAUCUGUAAUACACUAUGCUUGCUUAAUAGCCCAUUUAAUAACUCAUGUGGGGACUUAAAAACUAAAGACAUGAAUUACGUAUACAUAAAGUGUAUGUAGGAAUCUGUAAAAACUGGAGGAGGAAUAAUUAAGUUCCUUAUCUAACAAGAUUCUUGAUGCUCUAGUUAGAAAUUGAUUCUUUGUAAUUAAAUUUAUAUAUUACUAUCAUUAGUCCCCUUAUUUCAAUACCUGAAUUAUUUCUUUCUUUCUUUAUUUUGGUGAGGAAGAUUGGCCCUGAGCUAACAUCUGUUGCCAGUAUUC